AUGACUAUUCAUGGGGAGAGUAUGUUUAUCUUUGAUUUUCAAUGCGCUGAAGAUAGAGUUCGUGCAUUAGAAAUGGGUUUUAUGUUUAUUUCAAAUCGAUUAUUCAUUAUUAAACCUUGGUCUAGAACAGUAGAACAAGAUAUUGCUGAAUUGAAAUCACUUCCAGUUUGGAUGAAUUUUAGGAAUGACCCAUUAUUCAUGUGGAACAAGAAGGGGCUGAGUAUGAUAGCUAACUUUCUAGGAAAACCUCUAAUGAUGGACACACAAACUUUGAAUAAGACUAGAAUGAAUUAUGCAAGAAUAUGUGUGGAAGUAGAUAUCACUUGUGAAUUUCUUGAUUCAUUCACAUUUACUCUAGGAGGUAAGGAUAAAGUUGAGAUUAAAAUGGAGUAUUCUUGGAAACCCCCAAAAUGUACUGAAUGUGCAUUAUUUGGUCAUCGUUCUUUAAACUGUCCAAAACAUGUGAAGUCUUCACCAAAAGUUGUUCAAAAAUGGGUGCAAAAAAAAGUUACUACAAAUAUUGAUGAAGAAGGGUGGAUUACAAAAUCCAAAACAGGAACACAAAAUUCUGAAAAGGUUACUGAAGUUAUAAAUAAGGAAGUUUCACAGACUACAAUGGAUACUGACUCUGUUGUCCCAGCACAAGAAUUUACUACAGUUCUACAGGAGAUAAGUGCUAGAAAAGACAAUAAUGUUAAUGAAUUUAUUGCUUCUAAUCCAUUUUUCAUAUUGGAUAAAUGUAUGGAGAAUUCUCAUGAGUUACCAACUGAGCAUAACAAAGAAAACUUCCAAGCAUUGAUACAAGCUGCUCAACAAAAAUCAAAAGAAAUUGAAGCCUCUAGUUCUGGUUCAAGGGCACAUUUUCAAAGGAGAGAGGGAUUACCACCACCAGCAAUUAAUUUAUUUCCCAAGGUUGCAGAUUUGAAGAAAUAUGCUAGAGUAGAAACUCAUGUUCAAGCUCACAAUAAAACUAGAAUUAGAAAUAAUAUCAACCCUUCUUGGUGUUACUUGGAUAAUGAUAGUGUGAAUAGUGUUGGUAGAAUUUGGAUAGCUUGGGAUCCUAAAGAUGUUCAAGUUUCAGUUUUGAGUUCUACUUCACAAGCUGUUUUUCUUGAUAUUUCUUUCUCUUCAAUGAUAAAUUUUGUGGUGACCUUUAUUUAUGGAGAAAAUUAUUAUGUCACGAGAUCUUCUCUCUGGGAUGCUAUUAUAAGUUUUGCUUCUUUCAAUACAAAACCUUGGGUGCUAAUGGGAGAUUUUAACUCUCUGCUUUUCCCUUCUGAAAAAGUGGGGGGUGCUCUUGUUUUUCCUUAUCAUUAUCAAGAUUUUUCAAAUUGUGUUCAGCAAGCUAAAAUUAUGGAUCUUCAAUACUCUGGUUGCUUCUAUACAUGGACAAAUUAUCAACAGGAUGGUACCAUUAUCAGGUCAAAGUUGGAUAGAGCAAUGGUUAAUAUGGAUUGGAUUCUACAAUUCCAAAUAUCAAAAGUUGAAUUUUUACUUCCAGGUAUUUCAGAUCAAUCUCCUUGUAUUAUCACUGUUGCUGAUAGAAGAAAACAUGGUCCUCCCCCUUUCAGAUUAUAUAAUUUUCUAACUGAGGAAAAAGAGUUUAUGGAAGUGGUUAGAAGGGCUUGGAACAUUGAAGUUAGAGGUAACCCAAUGAUUAAAUUUGUUACUAAGAUGAAGAGAGUUAAACAUGAUAUUCUUGAAUGGAAAAAGCUAAGGUUUAAGAAUAUGUCUGAGCAAAUCAUGACUGGAAAAAGAAAAAGAAUGUAUGUAGCUGAAUAUGUAAAAUUGGCAAAGUAUGAAGAAGCAGCUGCUAAACAACAAUCCAGAAUAAAGUGGCUAAAUUUGGGAGAUUCAAAUACUUCUUUUUUCCAUAAUUCUCUCAAAGAAAGAAGAUCUAGAAAUAGUAUUAUAUCUUUAUAUGAUAGAGAUAAUGUUAAGCUGGUUGAAGAUCAGGAGAUUGCUAAGGAAUGUAUCUCAUUCCAUUCUGAGUUGUUUGGUAGUGAUUUACCUGAAGAUGUUUCUACUCAGUCCGUGUUCAACUUCAACUUAAAUGCAUGUAUUCAACAGGAUGAUGUUGCUGAUUUGAUAAAGCCUGUCACAAGAGAAGAAAUUGUUGCUGCUCUGCACUCUAUUGGUUCAAGUAAGGCACCUGGACCUGAUGGCUUUACUAACCACUUUUUAAAAUCUUGCUGGCCCUUGGUGGGAGAUGAUUUUUUUGCAGCUAUUCAAAACUUUUUUCAUAAAUUAAAGCUCCUAAAAGAAGUUAAUAGUACUUUCAUUACCCUAAUUGCUAAGAAGAAAAACCCUUCUACUGUGCUAGACUACAUACCUAUAUCUUGUUGUAAUGUGAUUUAUGCAUUACUAAGAUUUUGUCCUUAA